GGCCGAGUUCCUCCCAGUGUCGCCACCGUCAUCGUAAAAAGACGGUGGUUCCCACCGAGCUGCCUGGUCCUGGAUCCACUGGGUCAUCUGGGUCCACUUUCACCUCCUGCGUUGCUGAUGCUCUAGCGAGGAUCGACACUUCCUUCUCCUGUCUGUCCAAGUCUCCAGAGUCUGAGACAGUACCAGGAUUUUCGGAGCUUGAGCCCACACCAGAGCCUCCUGAGUCAGCACCUGAGCCCCCGGGUCAGAUUAUAAAGUCCCCGGUUCUGCCUGAGGCUCCUGAGUCUGCACCGGUCUCUGCUCCUGCUGAGACCUCACCGCCUGCAGCUGAGGUCUCCACAUCUGCUGUUGCUGCUGAGUCUUCAGAGCCAGAACCAGCACCUGAGCCUAUAGAGCCAGAACCAGCAUCUGAGCCCACAGAGUCAGAACCAGCAUCUGAGCCUUCAGAGCCAGAACCAGAACCUGAGCCUUCAGAGCCAGAACCAGCACCUGAGCCUACAGAGCCCCUGGGUCAGAUUGUGAAGUCCCCGGUCUGCCUGAGGCUCCUGAAGUCUCCAUGUCAGCCUGUGCUGAGCUCUCACCAUCAGCUGCAGCUGUUUAGAAAACAGCAACUUGUGCAAAAAGAUCUGAAAAAUAUAACAGUUGGAUAUACUGUAUGCAUUCAAAAGCUUAGAGGUCACAUUAAGUUCACCUGUAAAGUUAAAUGCAUUUUAGGCUCAUCCUGA